AUGGCGUUAUGUAAGUGGUUUGGAUACCCAGAUUUUUUCAUAACCAUUACAUGCAAUCCAAAAUGGCCUGAAGUUUCAAGAUUUCUUAAAGAUACAUCCAUUAAAGCAGAAGACAGGCCUGAUAUUAUAUGUCGAUUGUUCAAGAUGAAGCUGGAUUCAAUGAUUAAGGAUAUAAAGGAUAAUAAAUUUUUUGGUGAAAUCAAUGCUGUUGUUUAUACCGUUGAAUUUCAAAAACGUGGCCUACCGCAUGCACACAUUUGUUUAUUCAUGAAGGUGGAUCACAAACUUCCCACUGUAGAUCAUAUUGAUCCUUUUGUUUCUGCCGAAAUUCCGGAUAAAUCUGAAGAUCCUCAGUUGCAUUAUCUUGUGUCUGAGUAUAUGAUUCAUGGUCCUUGUGGUGCUGCUAAUCUGAGCUGUCCUUGCAUGGUUGACAACAAAUGUUCAAAACGAUUUCCCAAAAAAUUUUCGGAUCAUACAAUUAUUGACUCAAGCGGUUUUCCUGUAUAUCGAAGGCGAGAUUCUGGUCACACUGUUAUGAAAAAAGGUGUUCAAUUAGACAACCGAAGCGUCGUCCCUUACAACAAAGGUCUAUUAAAAAGAUACCAAGCACACAUUAAUGUUGAAUGGUGUAACCAGGCUGGUUCGAUAAAGUAUCUUUUUAAGUACAUUAACAAAGGACCUGACCGUGCUACGGCUGUUUUGUAUACUGAUUCAACCGGUACUAGCAAUCAGAAAAUAAAUGAUGAGAUCAAACAAUACUACGAUUGUAGAUACAUAUCAGCCUGUGAAGCGUCUUGGAGAAUUUUUGCAAACGAAGUUCAUUAUAGAUAUCCUGCUGUAAUGAGGCUACCUUUUCAUUUACCUGGUCAACACAAUGUAGUAUACGGUGAAGAUGAUGAUAUUGAAGAUGUCUUGAACAAACCAACUGUUGCUUCAUUUAUUUUUUUGCAAUGGAUGCGUUUAAAUGAACGUGAUGAAGAAGCACGAGAACCUUACUAUUUAAGGAUUCUCCUAAAUAAAGUUAGAGGUCCUAAAUCAUUUGAAGAGAUUCGAACAGUGAACGGACAAGUAUUUCCCACAUUUAAAGAUGCAUGUUAUGCUAUGGGUCUUUUAGAUGAUGACAACGAAUAUGUUGAAGCCAUUAAGGAAGCAAGUUUUGAAGCUCAUUGUCGGUAUUUAAGAUCAUUAUUUGCGACAUUGCUUUUAACAAAUACGCUAUCAAGACCUGAAUUCGUGUGGGAAAAAACUUGGCACUUACUAGUAGACGAUAUUCUAUUCAAGCGUCGUAAAGACACACAUAGCCCUGAUCUAAUUAUUCAUGAACAUCAUUUGAAGAAUCUAAUUUUGGUGGAAAUUGAGAAUUAUUUAAUUUCCAAUGGGUCUACAUUAAGUAAAUUUUCUACGAUGCCCUUUCCAGACGAUGAUUCGCUACGUCAAGGGAAGACUUUUUUGUGGAAGACCUUGGCUGCUGCAAUCAGAUCUAAAGGUCAGAUAGUGUUGAACGUUGCUUCAAGUGGUAUUGCUUCAUUAUUGUUAUCUAGAGGACGGACAGCACAUUCUAGAUUUAAAAUUCCCAUAAACUUGACAGAAGAUUCCAUGUGCUUCAUUAAGCCGAACGAUGAUGUUGCUAAUCUUUUAAAAGAGUCAAAUUUGAUUAUAUGGGAUGAAGCCCCUAUGGUGCACAAACAUGCGUUUGAGGCACUAGAUCGAACAAUGAAAGACAUUCUGUCGUCUUCUACGAAUAACUCUUCUGAGCUACCAUUUGGAAGUAAAGUUAUUGUGUUUGGUGGUGACUUUAGACAAAUACUACCCGUUAUUCCAAAUGGUACGAGGCAGCAGAUUGUUAAUUCAUCUUUGAGUUCUUCAUAUCUAUGGUCUGAAUGCAAGGUUUUAAAGUUAAUAAAAAACAUGAGGUUGAGAAUUGGAGCUGAGUCAUCUAACAGUGAUUCCAUUCAGAAGUUUGCAAAAUGGCUACUUGAUAUUGGUGAAGGAAACAUUGGUUCAGAAAACGAUGGUGAAGCGUUUAUAGAGUUACCCGAUGAUUUAGUAAUUACCGACUCAGAUGAUCCAAUUCAAAGUUUAAUUGACUUUGUUUAUCCUUCAAUUUUACAUCAGUAUAAAAAUCCUGGAUUCUUUUCAGAGAGAGCAAUUUUAGCACCAAGGAAUGAAGUAGUUCAUGAGAUUAAUAAUCGAUUACUUUCAUUAUUUCCAGGUGAAGAAAAAGAGUAUUUGAGCUGUGACAGUAUAUGUCAAACAGAACAAGUUCUUGAUUCUUUUCAACAAGGUCUAUACUCUCCUGACAAUUUAAAUGCUCUUAAAAUUUCCGGUUUACCUAACCAUAGGUUGGUUCUUAAAGUUGGUGUUCCUGUGAUGCUUCUUCGAAACAUUGAUCAACAAAACGGACUAUGUAAUGGUACUAGACUUCAAGUAACCUUUCUUGGUAAACGAGUAAUUGAAGCGGAAGUGAUAUCUGGCGGAAAUAUCGGCACAAGAGUUUUUAUUCCAAGAAUUAGUAUGGUUCCUUCAGACAAAAAGAUACCUUUUCAAUUUCAAAGAAGGCAAUUUCCGUUAACAGUUUGUUUUGCUAUGACAAUUAACAAGAGUCAAGGACAGUCGCUAUCUAGAGUUGGUUUAUACUUAAAAGAUCCUGUAUUUACUCACGGUCAAUUGUAUGUGGCGUUAUCCAGAGUCAAGAGCAGGCAAGGUGUUAAAAUUUUAUCAUUUGAUUGCGAUGGUAAACCUACAGCGAAGACAUCUAAUGUAGUGUACAAGGAGAUUUUUCAUAACUUAUAA